AUGGACGACGCCAUUGCCGAAAUGAAAAGACUCGCACACGCAAGAAUACCCGAAACCCGAGAAGGGCAACCUAUAGACCCAAAAGUCGUCCCGGUCGUUUGGAACGGAGUACCAAUAAGGCUAUGGCCCAAAGAUGAUCAAGAAAAAAUAAGGAAGUUAGUGCCAGGCGCACAAGAUCUAGGGCUAGAAGUAAGACCAUACAUACAUACCAAGAGUAUACCGAGGGAGAGUCGGAAACCAGUACCCACCAGAACUUCCAACAAUUUACCCGCUGACUGGACUUCAAUCACCUCUUUGUACAUACAAACCAAAAGUAUACCGAGAAAGAGCCAGAAGCCUGAACCUCCUCCUACUUCAACUAUGACAGAUACACGCACCAGUGUUACAUGGUCAAAUCGUCUUCCGUUAUUUAGAACUGCAACCGCGGAAAUCAACCAAAAGGAUGGACCGCUUUAA